GCUUCAGUUACAUGUGUUGAGGAAAUACAUCAAAGCUCCCUACCAUCUACAAGCUGUAACAAAAUGGAGGGAUGGGAUGAUUGGGAUCAAGAAGUGGACUAGACACAUCAUUGGAAUUUAAAUUUCUGGAAACAAACGUGUCUAUUAUCAUUGGAGAAAAGGUGAGUCAAUCAAUUUACCAGUGUGAUAUUUACACAUUUAAAAUUAACCCACUCAAUGAUCAAUCCACCAUUACAGAAAGAUUUGUGUAAACCAGAAUACACAGUUUAUUGAGCUGUUUAAUACUAGUAAAAAGCAUCAGUAACAUAAUUUACUCAAAGAUGUUAUUGUAAACAAAGGUGUGAUACUGCAGGAAAAUAUUGAAGGCUACGCCCUAACUGAGUUGGCCUUUCUAUGCUUAGCAAUGAACUAUGUGAAAUGCAUAUAUUGGUCUAAGCAGAAGAAUAGCUAUUUAUCUUCCGCAUGAGACCACGUCUUCUCACUGAUCAAACACUUCAUACAGAAUGUUUAUGGGCCGAUCCAGCCACUUUUAGGCUUUCAGGGCCAAGUGACUUCCUUCCCCUCAUUUGUUGUAAUCCUGUAACUCCCUUUUGCUGGAGAACUGCAUGGAUGAAUGAUAAAGUAGUAUAGUCUUCAAGUAGGCUACAGUAAUAAGGAUAAAACUACACUGGUACUGAAACAGUGAGUACUACCUUAUGUUUUUACAUAUACGUUUCCCUAUAUUGUAAGUAAAACCUGAUUCUCUCAGAAUAUAGGUAUCUAUUAAUAAAACAAUUGUUUGCCUGUUGUACGGUUGUUGGUUGUGUUCAUGUGAACAAAGACUCGAGCUCUUGAGAUACAAGCUCUUGUGGUACUCUGUCUUUUCAUUAUCUUUGUUCUAAUGCUCAAAUACUGUCUCUUUGAACUAGCAGCUACUGUAUAAAACACCUUGUAUUGGGUUUUAGGGAUAUUGUCCAUUGAGUGUCCAUCUUUGUAUUGACUUUUCCUUACUGUUGACACAUUCCGGUGGUGGAAAAAGUAUCCAAUUGUCAUACUUGAGUAGAAUUAAAGAUACCUUAAUAGAAAAUGACUCAAGUAAAAGUGAAAGUCACCCAGUAAAAUACUACUUGAGUAAAAGUCUAAAAGUAUUUGAUUUUAAAUAUACUGUAUCAAAGUAAAUGUAAUUGCUAAAAUAUACUUAAGUAUCAAAUGUAAAAGUACAAGUACAAAUAAUUUCAAAUUCCUUAUAUUAAGCAGGCCAGACGGCACCAUUUUCUUGUUUUUUAUUUUAUUUACGGGUAGCCAGGGACACACUCCAACACUCAGACAUCAUUUACAAAUUAAACAUGUGUAUUUAGUGAGUCCGCCAGAUCAAAGACAGUAGGGAUGACCAGGGAUGUUCUCUUGAUAAGGGCGUGAAUUUAACAAUUUUCCUGUCCUGCUAAGCAUUCAAAAUGUAACAAAUACUUUUGGGUGUCAGGGAAAUGUAUGGAGUAAAAAGUACAUAAUUUUCUUUAGGAAUUCAGUAAAGUAAAAGUAAAAGUAAUGUACAGAUACAAAAAAAACCCGACUUAAGUAGUAUUUUUACUUAAGUACUUUACACCACUGACACAUUCCAAUUGAAAAGCAUCUGUAUGAAUAUAUUUACGUCAUGUAAAGUAAAGAAAAGUAAUCCGCUGUGCUAUGGUCAUUUUGUUUGAAAUACCAUUUAGAAAAUAAUGUUAUCAGGGGAGUGCAGCACACCCUGUUUUAAUCUGCCUUUGUGGAGCUGUCAGCACUCAACCAUGCAGUUGUUUAACAAUGGUGGUGGCUAAGUAUCCACUCUCCUCUGUCAUGGCAACCAUGUUUUUGCAAGCAGAGGCACAAUAUUUUGUGUGUAAGAAAGAAUGGGUGUUGGGUACAACUUGAGUUUAAACCAGUAGUGUAAAGUACUUAAGUAAAAAUAAUUUAAAGUACUACUUAAGUAGUUUUUUGGGGUAUCUGUACUUUACUUUACUAUUUCUAUUUUUGACAACUUUUACUUUUACUCCACUACAUUCCUAAAGUAAAUAAUGUACUUUUUACUCCAUACAUUUUCUCUAACACCCAAAAGUAUUUGUUACAUUUCGAAUGCUUAGCAGGACAGGAAAAUGGUCCAAUUCACCCACUUAUCAAGAGAGCAUCCCUGGUCAUCCCUACUGCCUCUGAUCUGGCGGACUCACUAAACACAAAUGCUUCAUUUGUAAAUUAUGUCUGAAUGUUGGAGGAUGCCCCUGGCUAUCCGUAAAUAAAAAAAACAAGAAAAUUGUGCCGUCUGGUUUGCUUAAUAUAAAGAAUGUGAAAUGAUUUAUACUUUUACUUUUGAUACUUAAGAAUAUUUAAAACCACACACUUUUAGACUUUUACUCAAGUAGUAUUUUGCUAGGUGACUUUCACUUUUACUUGAGUCAUUUUCUAUUUAGGUAUCUUUACUUUUACUCAAGUAUGACAAUCGGGUACUUUUUCCACCACUGGUUUAAACAUAAUUUCAACAUCAAUGCUAUGAUCUCCAAACUAUUAUCUGUAAACCUAACAAAAAUGGUCUAAGGCAAUGAAAUUAUUAGUACUUUAUCUUACCAGAGGGGACUGCUGAGGAGCAACAGUACAGUAACUGUGUUAAAGUAGCAGUUGGUGUCAACAGACACAGAAGCAUCCUGAGCUAUGAAUUACCCAAAUUGCUUUUUCUCAUUGCCUGUGUUUGCUGUUUGCUCUCGAUUCUAGGUCUCAGCUAUUCACCCCAUACAUACACCAUGUUUCCUACAACCCCAUUAACUAAGGGCACCGUAACCCCUAACACUACUGCCAGCCCCACAACCGCCGCUCCUGGGUUUAUAGACCAACUACUGAACAAGAUUCCCUGUGAGUAACCCCGUAAUCCCCCCCCCCCUCUCCCUUUACCCCCCCCCCCCCCCCCCCCCCCCCCCCCCCCCCCCUCCUCUGACACCCCUCCUCUGACACCCCCCACCCUCUCCUGAGUGGGCACCCCUACGCUGCCCCCCUUCUGUCCCACUUUCAACAGACAUGGCAGGGGAGAGCUGCCUGCCUGCCUGCCUGGGCACCUGUCUCCAUGUGUCAUAUCUAAUUUCACUCCCAGCGCACAUUUCUUAGCUCUCCAUUUUCACUUAUUAUACAAGUUUAUUUCUCCUGAAUCUUGUUGGCUGUGCUCUUGCUGCAUGCUUCAGAUGUGUGUCAUGGUGAGACAAGUUGACUACACUGACUCUCCCAAGACUCGGCAGCUAGGGGCUGCUGCUCUCACAUAAAUACAAGGCAAAUGUAUUUUCGAAUAGCUCUCCAUUUCUACUUGUUACAAGUGAAUCUCUCCUUAAUCCUGCUGGCUGUGCUCUUGCCUCAUGCUUCAGAUGUCUGUCACAAUGAGACAAACUGCUGUCUUUUCUUGUCUCCCGCAGUGCCAAGAUGGGCUAUUUACACCAUCUUUGCCGUCAUCGUCUUGAUGUUUUUGGUGUGUAUUAUCUGCAUCUGUGCGAAAUGCUGCUGCAAGAGCAAGAAAAAGAGAAAAAAGAAGCCGGACGCUCAUAUCAAUCUACAAGGGGUGAAUGGUUCCUCAACUACAUCGCUAGUAAGUACAGGGAGUAGUAGUAGUAGUAGUAGUAGUAGUAGUAGCUUGGUCUUGGUGGGAGCAUCUGCUCCAUUUGAUCCAUUUAUUUUUGCUUAGACUGGUCGCUGUUGUUGAGAAGGAGUGAGGUAGAGGUGCAGCUUUAGCUCCUCAUGUCUGUUAGGAUGGGCCGCUGAUUGAGGGAUUGGUUGGCUGGCCGGUGAAUGUGAUUAGCUGGUUCAAGCUAUGACAGUGUUCUUGAUGGGCAGGUCCAACCUGGCUCGGAUGAUGCAGGCUACGGCUCAGCUAAAAACCGGGGAAGACUGCUCUACUCUCUGGAAUACAAGGCACAAGAGGUUAGAAUGCACUUAAUUAGUCUUCUGAACUUGUAACUUGAUCAAAAUACUGUAGCCACCACAAGCCAUAGAACCAGAGUUCCCAUUUGAUCACAGAUUAAACAAGAUAUUAAUUAUCACACAUAUCAAGAGAAAUGUCUGCUUUUUCAAAAUAUCACUGAAGUAUACGUCAAUGUGUCUUUAUUUUUCUACCAUACAGUGAUAUUGCGUGUGUGUGAAGCAGCCUUAUCUUCCCCUACUAUCUUUGACUAUCCUGCCAUCUCUCAUCCCCUGCAGCUGACAGUGGGGCUCAAAGAGGCUGCAGCUCUGACAGCCAUGGACCGGAGAGGCACCUCUGACCCCUAUGUUAAAGUCUACAUCACCCCCAACAAGUCAAAGACAUUCGAAACUAAGGUCUUCAGGAAAACCCUCAACCCCGUGUUCAAUGAACACUUCAAAUUUAAGGUAUUUGAGGAGUAUUAUACAUAUGUUAUUAUAGCAGUAUUACCAGACAGUCUACCAAUUUGAGAGGAUUUUAAACAGUGUAAGUGAGUCUGUGUUCCUGCACCACUCUUGACUCUUGCCUGUCUAUCUUGUGUCCAGAUUGACAAGGCUGAGCUAAAUGAGUCCACCAUAGUCAUGAAAGUGUUCGACUUCGAUAGAUUCUCCAAACACGACAUCAUUGGGGAGCUGAGGCUGCAGCUCGGAAACAUUGACUGGAACCAUGUGAUUGAAGAGUGGGAAGACCUGAGAGAACCCUCCAAGUUUGAGGUCAGGAGAUUUAGUUGAUUUCUGGAACCAAAUAGUGCAGGUCAAACAUUUUUUUUCAAACGGCAUUUGAAUAUCACAAAGUUCUCAAAUCUAGCCAUAGGCCUACAUACUGAAUUUUUACAUGAGGCCUACAUUCCUUUGACAUCUAUAGGCCCACAUACUGAAUUUCCACAUGGUAGUUAAUGUUGUUUCUUGUUAUCUACUGUGAUUACAGGAUGAAAUUCUGGGGGAGAUCUGCUUCUCGUUGCGCUACGUCCCCACCACUAACAAGCUGACUGUUGUCAUCCUGGAAGCCAAGAACCUAAAGAGUAUGGACAGAGGGGGCUCAUCAGGUAGGUCCAAGCCUUGCUCUCUGAGAGGAAGACUGAGUGGUGGUUUUGCUGAAGAGGCUAGUUAUGAUUAGCCUGGAAUCCAGACCUGUUUUGUGCUGACAUUCCACUCCUUGUACUCAGUCAGUGUCAUGCGCCAAACAUAUAACAUGGAGUAACAAAGAGUGCAAUGUUACCACAAAACAAGUCGGAUUCCAGGCUAAGUUAUUAAUUAAACAAAUAAUACUACAUUAUUAUUGAGGCCAGUUUUUGAUUAUCACAAAAAAUACUGCAUUAUUUGUGAGGCAGUGGAUGCUCAAACUACACUCCACCUUCAUUCAUGUACACUGUAGAUCCCUAUGUAAAAGUGCAGCUAGCUCUGGACAAGAAGAAGUGGAAGAGAAAGAAGACAUCUGUUAAAAAGUCGACACUGAAUCCCUACUUCAACGAAUCCUUUACGUUUGAUGUGUCGUUUGAACAAAUUCAAGUAAGUAUGAUCUUAUCUCAGAAUAUGGCUAAGAUGAAGCCUUUUGGCUCUUCAGCCAGUUACAAGCUCAACAGCCUGCAUGCUAUGGAGCUCCAGAAAAGAGGCCAUCCCUUUACAUCAUAAUGUUAUUUUGUGGCCAAAUUCAUUUAAACAAAAAGGUGAUGGCACAUCCUCUGUAGAAGCACAGUUUGCAGUGACUGUUCUCUGCUGUUGCUCCCUCCAGAGGGUUCAGCUGAUGAUCUCUGUGUGGGACCAUGACAAGUUGACCAGGAACGACGCCAUAGGGAAGAUUUUCCUGGGUUGUGAUGCUGCAGGGAACCAGCUGAGGCACUGGGCAGACAUGCUGUCCAACCCCCGUAGGCCUGUGGCCCAGUGGCACAACCUGCUUUCCAACGAACAGGUGGACUCCACCCUUGACCUCAAACACUCAGUCAGGAUCCCCUUCAUCAAUAAGAACUUUUGAGAAAUCUUAGACUCGCUUGCCAGACUCAUGGCACUCAAGCAGCUGUGGGAAGAGGCUAGAGAAAAUCCUCCUCCGUGGCCCGACAUAACCAGAUUCCUCCCUCUACUUCACUAAGCUAAUAGCGGCUUGGAGGCCCUAGCACUUUUAAACACUGCAAAAUACAGUGCCUUCAGAAAGUAU